AUGGAGAGCAGCGCCGUCUGCCCACGCAUUCGACUAACAUACCCGAUCUGCCCCUCUCGACAUUUUGCUUCUCACCAAUCGCCCUUCCUCUUCCAACCUUCUCUCUCUUUGUCUCUCAAGCUUUUUCCAAACCACUCUCCUCUCCCUUCGCUCAAUCUUCUCCAAGCCGCUUCUCCUCUCAAGCAUUCUGUCACUCUCUCUGAUUCCUACAGUGAAACGUUUGAAUUAGCUGACAUAGAAUGGGACAGCCUUGGGUUUGGCCUUCAACCCACGGAUUAUAUGUAUAUCAUGAAAUGCGCUCGAGGGGGAACCUUCUCCAAAGGUGAACUUCAGCGUUUUGGGAACAUUGAAUUGAACCCCUCCGCUGGAAUUCUUAACUACGGCCAGGGAUUGUUUGAGGGUUUGAAAGCGUAUCGGAAACAAGAUGGGAAUAUACUCCUAUUCCGUCCUGAAGAAAAUGGUCUGCGGAUGCAGAUAGGUGCAGAGCGGAUGUGCAUGCCGUCGCCUACAGUGGAGCAGUUUGUUGAAGCUGUAAAGGACACUGUUCUAGCUAACAAACGAUGGGUUCCCCCUCCAGGUAAAGGUUCCCUAUACAUUAGACCUUUGCUAAUGGGAAGUGGACCUGUACUUGGUCUUGCACCUUCUCCGGAGUACACCUUUCUGAUAUAUGUUUCCCCUGUUGGGAACUACUUCAAGGAAGGUUUGGCCCCAAUCAAUUUGAUUGUGGAAAAUGAAUUACAUCGUGCAACUCCUGGUGGCACUGGAGGGGUGAAGACUAUUGGAAACUAUGCUGCAGUUCUAAAGGCACAGUCUGAAGCAAAAGCUAAAGGCUACUCUGAUGUUUUAUACCUUGACUGUGUGAACAAAAGAUAUUUGGAGGAGGUUUCUUCAUGCAACAUUUUUGUUGUUAAGGGUAACGUUAUUUCAACUCCAGCAAUUAAAGGGACAAUCCUACCUGGCAUUACUCGCAAAAGUAUAAUUGAUGUUGCUCUUAGCCAAGGAUUCCAGGUUGAGGAGCGAUUAGUGUCAGUGGAUGAAUUGCUAGAUGCCGAUGAGGUCUUCUGCACGGGAACAGCUGUGGUUGUAUCACCUGUUGGCAGUAUUACUUAUCUUGGCAAGAGGGUAUCAUAUGGGGAUGGUAUUGGCGUGGUUUCACAGCAACUGUAUACUGUCCUAACCAGACUACAGAUGGGUCUUACGGAGGAUGAGAUGAAUUGGACUGUAGAGCUGAGAUAA